UCCAUUUAUAUACACCCUCCUUCCCUCUUUCCUUUUCUCUCCUCUUCUCUGUCUCUCUCUCUGUGUCUCGCGUUCAACCAUGGCUGCCGCUUCUCCACCACCUUACACUCUAAACGUCGUCGGAUCAGACUCCAAUAAUCCCUUCACCGAGACGACUUCUACUUCUGAGGAUCGUGCUUCUUCUCAACACUUCCCUUCGGCGUUUCAGAAUCUCAACACCAGCGUUCUCAUUAUUGUUAUCGUUCUCGCCGUUACUGUCAUUGUGUCGCUCUCUCUCUGCUUGCUCCUUCGUCACCUCAAUCUCCGGUGCCUCCGUUGGCUGUCUCCCUCGUCUUUGUCGUCUUCAUUCAGGAGGAAUGCCACGCACACGACUGCGACUGCUACUACUACGCCUGUUUUCUCCUCCAGCCGUCGUGUCUCGCCGGAGAUUCCCUCGGCUUCCGUUAUUGACUCGCUGCCGAUCUUCACGUUUUCUUCUAUUGCUCGUCGCUCUUCGGCUUCUGAUACUACCGGCGGAGACUGUGCAGUCUGCCUCUCGAAAUUUGAGCAGAGAGACCUCCUCCGCCUUCUUCCAUUGUGUUGUCACGCCUUUCAUGUGGAAUGCAUCGACACUUGGCUUCAGUCGAAUUUGACCUGUCCGCUAUGCCGAUCUGCGAUUUUUGCCUCUGAUUCGGACCUAAUGAAGGUUCUCCGAUCGUCCUCCGGCGGCGGUGGAGGCAGCGAUAGUUUCCGGCUCGAAAUUGGAAACAUUAGCCGGCGUGGAACGGCACCACCGGACGUCGUUGCAGACGCGAGUGCGAGGUCGGGGUCGAGGUCGUAUUCUGUUGGCUCGUUCGAGUAUUUUGUAGAGGAGGAUUACGAGAUUCCUAUCAGCCACGCGCAUCGGAGGAGCGUGUCGGAUAAUAAGGACGAAUCGGUAGUUAUAGAAUCUCAAGCUGCGGCGGCGGCUCAGUCGAUCCACGAGGCGAGCUUAGCCGCCGAUGUAGCCGGCAGCGGGAGGAGCUGGCUGAAGGAAUACGUCGACAGGCUCUCAUCUUCUAUAUCAUCCCGAACAGUAUCUUUUCGAGGCUCUGGAAGGUUCUUUAACAGCGGAGGUGCUAGCCACCGAAGCGACGCCGCCGCCUUCUCGGCCGAGGACUGCGACGUGGAGGCAAUUAGAUUAGGCGAAGAAAUUAGCGAGACAUUUCGAUGGCUCUCAGGGGUAUGACCGGUAAAUAAGCGAAUUAGUUAGACCCAAAUUCUAAAUUUUGAUAUAUUUUUCAAUUCUCAAAACUCAUUUGGAAAAUAGCACUAUUAGACGCAUAUAGUAGCAGUAAUUAAUUAAUCCCUCUACUAUAUAGCCUGUAGAUAAUACCCUGCGUGACAUUAAAUUUUUCCCAUAUUUCGAUAAUGCCAUUUAAGAGUGCAAAAAUUAGAUCCUACUCCAUAUAA